CCCCGACUUGCCUGCUCCCUUCCCCCCUCUCGGCGCCAAUCCCCUCAGGAUCAUGGACUCCGCGGUCCUGAACCAGCUGUUUCGGCAGCUGUUCCGACAUCCUGCCUGUCAAUGCCCUCGGUCGUCCUCGAUUCUGCCCGCGCGCAGACCCGGCACUGUGCGCCUCGCAACACCCCCUCGGCAGCAGUAUCGUACCUUCAUCUCGCGAAUGAGAAAGAAGAUGAAGUAUGAUGAAAAUGAGACGUUAUACUGGACAAGAAGAGAGGAUUAUCCUUUGGAUUUCAAGGAGACGAUGAGCUAUCCCCUAGUGACGGCCAAGGACCUGCGACGUAAUCGCGAGCGGCCAAGGCGCAUCAGGAUGUUGACUAGAGAGUUCAUUGACGAUAGCUUAUACAAUCCGCAUUACGGCUACUUCACUAAGCACGCGACUAUCUUCAGUCCCGGUGAGCCCUUCCAAUUCAACCAAAUCAGCGACGGGCCAUCGUUUCAUCAGUUGUUGGAGGACCGAUAUACGGAGUUCGAGGACCGUCUGGAUCUACAAGAGCCCGAUAUAGCUCGUCAGCUAUGGCAUACGCCCACGGAGCUUUUCCGUCCAUACUACGGCGAAACGCUUGCUCGGUACUUGGUGUCGAACUACAAGCUGACACUAUACCCCUACCACGACCUGAUCAUCUACGAAAUGGGUGCCGGAAACGGUACGCUAAUGAUCAACAUGCUGGACUUCAUCCGCGACACAGACUACGAGGUCUACCAGCGCACGAAGUUCCGAAUCAUCGAAAUUUCGCCCGCCCUCGCCGACCUCCAGUUCCAGAAUCUGAAAGAAUCUCUCCAUGCAGCGGGUCAUCUGGAUCACGUCGAGAUCAUUAAUCGAUCCAUUUUCGACUGGGACACCUACGUGCACUCGCCCUGCUUCUUCCUUGCCAUGGAGGUGUUCGAUAACUUCUCUCAUGAUGCCAUUCGCUACAACUACCAGACGGAGAUGCCCCAGCAAGGCGGCGUGGUGAUCAGCGAGUCUGGCGAGUUCAACGAAUACUACAAUACGCAGCUCGAUCCGCUGUCGGCUCGGUUCCUACGUGUCCGACAGGCCGCCGCGCAACGCGAGUUCCCUUCCCCUCUGGGCUCCAAACUCACCCGGCCGCUGCACCGAGGGAUUUCGAAAUACCGUGACAUCCCACAUACUCUGCCCGAGUACAUUCCCACUCGUCUCAUGCAGUUCUUCGACAUCCUUAACACCUACUUCCCCGGACACCGACUUUUGACCAGCGAUUUCAGCACUCUUCCCAAUGCCAUUCCUGGUCUGAAUGGACCGGUGGUGCAGACCCGCUACAAGAGACGUACCGUUCCGGUGUCUACUCCCUUUGUCCAACAAGGCUUCUUCGAUAUCUUUUUCCCUACGGAUUUUGACGUUGUCGAGGACCUCUACCGCGCCAUCACCGGCAAAUUGACCCAGACCAUGAGCCACGAAGACUUCAUGCGUCGUUGGGCGUACAUUGAAGACACGGAGACGAGGAACGGCGAGAACCCGCUCUUGUCCUGGUAUAAGAAUGCCAGUGUCAUGAUGACGGUGUAAUUGGUUGUAAAUGUGUCCGUACUACCUGCUUUCUGGCUUGUAGAAAACAAUUUAUAUAGGGGAUCGAUUAUCCCUUCCGCAUUCAAUAAACUCAUUUAUUGGUAAUGG